UUCUCCAAAACCUUCGACACGUGCAAGGUCAAAUGUGACGGAUGCACAGUAUAUGCGGGAAAGUAAAUAAUAAUUUGCGACAGCAAUGCCGUAGUCACUCAUUGCUUUAAAAUGGGGUCACAAAUAUAAUCAAACACAUAUGCUAGAUUUUUACAUACAAUUAUCUUCAAGUAUCUCAACGAACGAAAAAGUAAUUGCUGUAGUGCUGUCUGAAUUGCAUGUAGCUACCUAAUUCUCACUCGUGCAACAGGAAAGAGAGGAAAUUGGUACGACGCAGUGAUGAAGAGUAGCAAAUAGCAUCCAGACACAAAAGAUUCCCUAAAGGCUAUUGGGCCUUCAACUAAAUCCCCUUCCCGUGCUUUUGUAGUUCUUAGAAAAAAGCAAAAAAUACAAUUGGCGCUAACAAAGCACCUAAAGUAGAUAAGUGUACUGGUGUAUAUUUUGGACGUGAUGCAGUGUGAUUCUAACCCGUGUGACGUCAUAAAAUAGUGUUCUUAUAAUAGUGUACCAACAUUACGCAGACCAAGUGAACUGACACUGGAUCCGAUACACCAAAGAUGAAGACCACUGGAGCAGCCUUCCAACUCGCUGCAGCGUUUCUGCUGAGCGUGAUUUCACCGGUAUCUGUCUCAGCUCAAGGUCGAGUGCUGCAGGUGCGGUCCGUGGUGAAUGGUACGGCCAGGUUGCCGUGUGACCUGACGCCGCCUUCACACAAUGACUCCGUGAUACUCGUAAUCUGGUUUAAGAAUGAGAAGACCGCCAUCUACAGCUUCGACGCGCGGCAGCGGCUGUCGGCGCCGGUGGAGUCGCACUGGAAGCACCCUCAGCUGGUGGCGGACCGCGGCCUCUUCAGCACCCUGGAGUCUCCAGCAGAGCUGACCCUCAGCCGCCUCCAGGAUAGCGACGAGGCCGUCUACCGCUGCCGCGUCGACUUCCGCCUCUCUGCCUCCAGGAACUCCAGGGUCCGCCUCACAGUCGUUGUUCCCCCACAACGGCCAGAGAUCUUCGACGAGCGUGGAGUGAAACUGGGAGCUGUGGCUGGACCGUACGAGGAGGGAGGCAACGCGCGGCUCACGUGCAUCGUGUCUGGAGGGAGGCCGGAGCCGUCGGUGCGAUGGUGGCGCGGCGAGCGGCUGCUGGAGUCGCGGGAGCUGCCUGCUGGAACGCGCAUCCGCAAGCGGCUGCUUCUGGUGCCGCGGCUCUCCAGGGCCGACCUGCACGCCGCGCUCACCUGCCAGGCCGUCAACAGCAACCUCACGGUGCCCGCCGAGGCCAGAGUCGCCCUCGACAUCAAUUGUGAGUCCUCUCCCCGCAACUACCUGCCUCUAGAGGUUGAUAUCUUGGUUCGACCAAGCACGGAAAGUUACCAUGGGUAA